CAUUUGCGUCGAAAUAACGCACUUAGAACGUAAACAAAUAAAUGCUUGACGCGAAAAAAGUUACGUACACAAUAUUAAGAAAAUCAGUUCGCUUGAGCACACCUUAAUUUAUUAUAAUGCAUAAAGGUAUAACGACGCAACAGCAGCGGUGGCAGCAACAACAAAAACAACAGGAAAAACAUUGCAAAAGAACAAAGAACUUCAGCGCAGUAACUGUCAAUUGGGACACGGAUACCAACAACAAGCAGAGUGUUUAGAAAAGCGCAGGAUUAAAAUUAAUAAAAUGACCAAUUCGGGACGCAGUCACUUUAGAAUCGAUCAAACAUUCCUAGGCGCCACCGAACUGGACGAUGAGCUAAUCAAACAACUGCCAAAGGAGGUGCUCCUGCGUGUCUUUUCCUAUCUGGAUGUCGUCUCGCUAUGCCGCUGUGCACAGGUGUGCAAAUAUUGGAAUGUGCUCGCCCUCGACGGCUCCAGCUGGCAGAAAAUCAAUUUGUUUGAUUUUCAGCGUGAUAUUGAGGGGCCGGUGAUUGAGAAUAUAUCGCAACGAUGUGGCGGAUUUCUCAAAUCAUUAUCGCUGCGUGGUUGUCAAUCGGUGGGGGAUCAAUCCAUCAAGACUCUAGCAAAUCACUGCCACAACAUCGAAACCUUGGAUCUAUCGGAGUGCAAGAAGAUUACGGAUCUUUCAGUCACAGAUAUAAGCAGAUAUUGUAACAAGCUAACAGCCAUCAAUCUGGACUCUUGCUCCAACAUCACAGACAAUAGCCUCAAAUAUAUAUCAGACGGCUGCCCAAAUCUCUUUGAGAUAAAUGUAUCGUGGUGUCAUCUUAUAUCUGAGAAUGGCAUCGAGGCGUUGGCGCGCGGCUGCGUAAAGCUGCGCAAGUUCAGUAGCAAAGGUUGUAAACAGAUUAACGACAAUGCCAUAACGUGCCUGGCCAAAUACUGUCCUGAUCUAAUGGUGCUAAAUCUACACAGCUGCGAGACUAUCAGCGACUCGUCCAUACGCCAGAUGGCUGCUAGCUGCCAUAAGCUGCAAAAGCUGUGCGUGUCCAAGUGUGUGGAACUUACAGAUCUCUCAUUGAUGGCGCUAUCACAGCAUACCCAACAGCUCAAUACACUGGAAGUGUCCGGUUGUCGCAAUUUUACAGAUAUUGGCUUUCAGGCGCUGGGACGCAAUUGCAAAUAUCUGGAGCGCAUGGAUCUGGAGGAAUGCAGCCAGAUAACAGAUUUAGCAUUGGCCUAUUUGGCCACUGGCUGUCCCAGUCUAGAGAAACUGACUUUAUCGCAUUGUGAGCUCAUCACGGACGAUGGCAUACGUCAUCUAACUACAGGCAGCUGUGCAGCGGAGAGCUUGUCUGUGCUGGAACUAGACAACUGUCCAUUGAUCACGGAUCGCACGCUGGAGCAUUUAGUGUCGUGCCACAAUCUGGAGCGUAUUGAGCUAUUCGACUGCCAGCUCAUCUCACGCGCAGCUAUUCGCAAACUAAAGAAUCAUCUACCAAAUAUUAAGGUGCAUGCCUAUUUUGCGCCUGUGACCCCCCCAGCGGUGACCACUGGACACCGGCCAAGAUAUUGUCGCUGUUGUGAGAUUCUCUGAGAUACGGCCAUUGGGUUUGCCAGAAAGAUACUGCGCAAAUCCGCGACCGACUGAUGUUGGUUUACCUGCGUCGUUAUAAUGAUCGUGCUCGCUUGCAUGAUGGCUAUAACGAUGCUCUACAUUCUGGGCAUACUCGAACUCGAAUUCGAAAUUCGCUGAACUCUUUCCCAGGCAAAUCCACACACAACUACACACACACACUACACACACACACAUAAAUAUUACUGUGUAUAACUAAAGCAAGAUUCUAAUAUCGAUAUGUAAGCGAAACGAAACGAUGAAAAUUGAUAAUUUAGUAUUUAGCUUGUAAGAGUUUUUAAAACUCUUCAAAUUUCAAUAUGUAAAAAAUGUGAUUAUUUUAU